UCUAUUUUUCUUUUAUUUCGACUGUCGAAAAUUCUUUUUUGGAAAUUAUUUCAUGAUUCAGAGAUGAUGAUUAAGAGUUCCGUUUUUGCUUACCGAGUUAUUUCUUGAGCAUGAGGUUUUAUCGGUUUGUUUCAGGACUUACUGGCUGAUAGUGACGGCAUAUUCAUUUUUAGUUUCACCUGUGUAAAUAAACGAGCUCAUAACAUAAGCUUGCUGAAAUGCGGACCAAUACAAUGAGAUCUCACCAGUGACUUGAUUAGACACUAAUAUGAAAACCUUUCAUAUUUGCGAUGUUGUGAAGGUUUCAGUUGACAGCUACAUCCUAAGUGAGCGGCACCAAACCACACUGGUCAUGUUAUGAGAUAAACAUAUCCUUGGGAACUGAGAUUUGCACGAAGAGGAAAGGGCUGAAGAGUCCUCGUAAUGGAAUCUUGCGGAAAAUCCAUUGGUUGCCUGUCAAACAACACCGCAAACCUCUCAUUAACUGAUGAUGGUAAAACUGACGGUUACUUGAAGAUGAGUCAUCAGCUUCUCAUUCCAUGGGCCGUUGCGUACUCUGCCGUUGCUGUUGUUAUCCUGUUUGGUAAUAUUCUUGUGAUCGUAUCAUUUGCAAAGAAGACUAUUCUACGAUCUCACACCAACUACUUCAUUGUUUCAUUGGCAGCAACUGACACUUUCGUUGGAUUGAUCUCCAUUCCAUGGUGGAUUAUUGUUCUGUUUAUAACUUAUAAAAAAGAGACAUGGUUUACAUAUUUGCACGAUAUCUGGGUAAUAUUCGACAUCCUAGGAGGUAUUGGUUCAAUAUUGCACCUGGUUGCCUUAAGCUGGGAUAGAUUUUGUGCUAUUGUCUGGCCUUUAAGCCAUCGUAUUUACACCGGCAGACGUUAUUUGCUUAUUUUAGCCUUGAUUUGGUCGGUUACAAUCCCAGUUGCAGUAUGUUCUAAACCGGGAAUGGCAUCAGCACCGAAGGCAUACAAUGUUACGGUCAUAGUUGUCUGUUUCUUCAUUCCACUAGUUAUCAUCUGUGUCUCACAAGCUUUUUUAGUAACUUUUAUUCGAAAAAACAGAAUACAAAACUUUUACAAGCUUAGAAGGAGUAUUCGAAAAGAGGUCCGCGUUGCUAAGACAGUGAUAAUGAUGAUCGCAUUAUUUAUGAUUGGUUGGCUUCCUUUCUUCACACUCUCCUUGGUGACUUACAUCAGACCGGAGGUGCAGCCAUCAUGGCAAGCAAUCUGCGCCGUCAAGUUUCUCCAGUAUGGAAACUCGGUUGUUAAUCCAGUUCUGUAUGCUCACAAAUUUCCUCAUUUUCGCAAAGCUUUUUCAGCCUUACUUUGUCCUUGCCGCGAAGUUACCAAAAAGGUGCGCAACGUUGGAGAAACUUUUAGAGCAAUAAUGUAUUCCAUGAUACCUGGUUCGAUUCGAAAUAAAACUAUUCAUAGGUACUUGGCAGACAGACGGCUUGGAGAUAAUAAAGCAAAUAGCUCAAACAUAGAUUCAUCAAAGCAAAACUCAUCAAAUGACACUGCUCCAAUUGGUGAACCCUCUCUUGAGGAAAUCGAGCUUUGUGAGAGCCACCUAAAUAUCUUUCCUUAAAAAGACAUCAAUAUUAGUUAUUGACGAAAGCUUCUUGUUAUGUUCCACAGUAAAAGGAAUUAUUUUAUCGUGUAACAUCGUCAUUAGGUUUAGCUUUGCUUUCGUUUAACAAAUUCAGUGGCUGAACCCCAAAUUAGAACUGAUAAAAAAAAGCGUGGUAAGGAGAAAUCUGACACGAGCAAAACAUAAGAGCGAUCGGGGAUCUAUAAAUAUAUUCACCGCCUUUCACUGCAGCAUUAAACGCUUCAUAUAUGUA